GAAUAUUAUGACACUAUACCUUCCACUAUUCACUCUCAUCAAAGAAUUUUUAUGCCACGUGAUUCAACUAAUAGCUCUUGUCAAACUUCUAUUUCAAGAACUCCAAAUAUUUCAAGACAGUUUGUCAGAUUUAUUGAUAUUACAACAUUAUCACUAAAUGUCAAAUCACAACAUAUUGCAGCUGAAAAAAUCAAUUUAACUGCAAAAAGCAUAGCUGAAUAUUAA